CCCCCUUAAAAGAUUUAGAUGCACUAUUGUAAAGUGGAUGUUCCACUGGAUGUCAUAAGGUGAAUGCACCAAUUUGUAAGUCGCUCUGGAUAAGAGCGUCUGCUAAAUGACUUAAAUGUUAAAUGUUAAAUGAGUCUACAUCCAGCUCCGGAUCGUUAUCUGCAUUGUUCCAAGCUGCGCCAGUAGUUGACACUCUGUUCUUUGUUCCUGCUCCUAAGCCUGAACCGAGGAGCGUGGAGUUGAAGGAAGGCGCGGUCACAAAAGUGCAGAACCACCAGAAACAAACAAAGAAAGCCACAAAGGACAAAUCAGCUGCAGACCUAAGUCUAGAAAACAGAGAAAGUGCAUGACAAAAUGCUGACGAAGAUGAACAGGUCCAAAAGAUGCCCAAGAAGACUAAAAGGAAAGCUAUUGAGAUGGGAGAAGGGGGUGCGAAAGAGGAGGAGGAGAGGCAGACAAAAAAACAGAGGACUGGAGCCCAAAUUGCAGAGGAGAGGGUAAAGCAGAAACGAACAGUGUUUGUCGGCAACCUUCCUGCCAGCUGCACAAAGAAGACACUACAGCUCGUCUUCAAGGAUCAGGGAGCCAUUGAAAGCAUUCGAUUUCGAUCAGUGGUAAGAGAAGAUCCAUCGAUGUCACGCAAAGUAGCAGCUAUUCAACGCAAGGUUCACCCCAAGAAGCAGAGCAUCAAUGCCUACGUGGUUUUCGAAGCUGAGGAAGGAGCCGAGAAGGCAUUGGAAAGGAACGGCAUGGAGAUUGAGAAAAACUUUCACAUCCGGGUCGACAGGGUCUCCAAAAGUUCAUUGCACGAUCACAAGAGGUCAAUAUUCAUUGGCAAUCUACCAUUCGAUAUAAACGAAUUGCCAUUGCGACAGCACUUUGUGGAGUGUGGCAAGGUGGAGGGGGUGCGGCUGGUGCGGGACAAGAACUCUGGAAUGGGCAAGGGCUUCGACUACAUCUUAUUCCAGAGCAUCGAUGCCGUCCAGCUGGCCUUGAAACUAGACGGCUCAAAACUCCUCGGGAGGUCGGUCCGGGUGAAGAGGUCAGUGAAGAAGGAGAAAGAGAAGAAGAAAGUGGUGCACAGAGGUCCCAGAGGGAAAGAAAGAGAGAUUAAGGGUGCAGGGAAGGAGCCUACCAAAGGGGGAUUUAAGGAGAGACCGGGCCAGGGCGGUCCCCAAAACAAGUCUUCCGGGAGGCGGCAGGGAAAGGGGCCUCAAAUCAAAUCGAUGGGGAAGCCAGUCAAGAAACGUCGAGGUGAGGCAACGAAAGCCCCCCCACAGGCCCCUCUUCCUUCAAAGGUGAGAUGGCCGACCCAAACAGAAAAAGAGCAAAGGCGAAAGCACUGAAGAAGAAACUCAAACCGAGGAAAAGGAAUCAGGUCGUACACAUUUGAUGGUCUGUGCUUUGUGCCUUUGGAUGUAAAUUAAUUUGAUAUUGUUAAAGCAGAUAUAAUGUGUUGUACAAUUAACAUGUCAGUGGAGCUAUAUCAUGAGAUGGUGUGUAAGCGUUCCUGACCUAACAUCCAUGCCUACCCACAUUUCCAGUUGAAACGGUUGUUUUAUUUAGGUUGGGGCUAUCGCACCCAAUGUAUGUAAAUAUUAACAUGUACAGUUGAAGUCGUUGAAGUUUACAUCAACUUAGUUUGGAGUCAUUAACUAAUUUUUCAACCACUCCACUCAUUUCUUGUUAACAAACUAUAGUUUUGGCAAGUGGGUUAGGACAUCACUUAUACACAAGUAAUUUUUCCAGCAAUUUUUUAGAGAUUAUUUCACUGUAUCACAAUUCCAGUGGGCCUGAAGUUUACAUACACUAAAGUUGACUGUACCUUUAAACAGCUUGGAAAAUUCCAGAAAAGUGUGUGGCUUUAGAAGCUUCUGAUCAUCAUUUGAGUCAAUUGGAAGUGUACCUGUGGAUGUAUUUCAAGCCCUACCUUCAAACUCUGUGCCUCUUUCCUUGACAUCAUGGGAAAAUCAAAAGAAAAUCAGCCAAGACCUCAAAAAAAAUUGUAGACCUCCACAAGUCUGGUUCAUCCUUGGGAGCAAUUUCCAAACACCUGAAGGUACCACGUUCAUCUGUACAAACAAUAGUAAGCAAGUAUAGACACCAUGGGACCACGCAGCCGUCAUACCACUCAGGAAGGAGACGCGUUCGGUCUCCUAGAGAUGAACGUACUUUGGUGCAAAAAGUGCAAAUCAAUCCCAGAACAACAAAGGACCUUGAAGAUGCUGGAGGAAGCAGGUACAGUAAAUGUCCUAUAUCAACAUAACCUGAAAGGCCCCUCAGCAAGGAAGAAGGCACUUCUCCAAAACCGCCAUAAAAAAAGCCAGACUAUUUUUUUUAAAUUUUUUUAUUUUACCUUUAUUUAACCAGGCAAGUCAGUUAAGAACAUAUUCUUAUUUUCAAUGACGGCCUGGGAACAGUGGGUUAACUGCCUGUUCAGGGGCAGAACGACAGAUUUGUACCUUGUCAGCUCGGGGGUUUGAACUCGCAAGUAUGCUGGAGUAUGCUGGAUCUGUCCAACGCUCUAACCACUAGGCUACGCUGCCGCCCCAACUGUCCCCAACUGCACAUGGGGACAAAGAUUGUACUUUUUGGAGAAAUGUCCUCUGGUGUAAUACAACUGUUUGGCCAUAAUGACCAUCGUUAUGUUUGGAGGAAAAAGUGGGAGGCUUGCAAGCCAAAGAACCUCAUCCCAACCGUGAAGCACAGGGGUGGCAGCAUCAUGUUGUGAGGGUGCUUUGCUGCAGGAGGGACUGGUGCACUUCACAAAAUAGAUGGCAUCAUGAGGAAGGAAAAAUAUGUGGAUAAUUUGAAGCAACAUCAAGACAUCAGUUAAAUAUUGGUCGCAAAUGGGUCUUCCAUAUGGACAAUGACCCUAAGCAUACUUCCAAAGUUGUGGCAAAAUGGCUUAAGGACAACAAAGUCAAGGUAUUGGAGUGGCCAUCACAAAGCUCUGACCUCAAUCCUAUAAAAGAUUUGUGGGCUGAACUGAAAAGGCAUGUGCGAGCAAGGAGGCCUACAAACCUGACUCCGUUACACCAGCUCUGUCAGGAGGAAUGGGCCAAAAUUCACCCAACUUAUUGUGGGAAGCCUGUUGAAAAGCUACCUCUAACAUUUGACCCAAAUUUAAAUUGUUUAAGGCAAUGCUCCUAAAUACUAAUUGAGUGCAUGUAAACUUCUGACCCACUGGGAAUGUUAUGAAAGAAAUAAGACUAUUUUGACAUUUCACAUUCUUAAAAUAAAGUGGUGAUCCUAACUGACUAAGACAGGGAAUUUUUACUAGGAUUAAAAAUGUCAGGAAUUGUGAAAAACAGUUUAAAUGUACUUGGCUACGGUAUGUAAAAACUUCCAACUGUACGUCUAUGGUCCCACCUAAAGGUAGGGAAAACAUUCAUUAACUAUUCAGGACAUUAACAUCUGAGAGACUAAAUAAAGUUUUAGAAGCAAGUGUCA